AUGCAGACUGCCUCAUUAUGUCUGCUGUGGUCGGGGCUCGUCGUGUCCACGCUGGCUGCGCCGUCGCCAUCCCCACCAUCGUGUCGGUUUGCACUAGACUGGACCCAAGACGACGUUGUCCAGCGUCCGGAUCAGUUCGAAUGGCAUCUCUUGUACUGGGAGGGGCAAUUCCACCAAAACAAUGUCUCCUACAAUGCCGACAAUGGCAUGACGUACGACGGGACGCAGCUGGACUGGGUCACCGGACAAGGCACCAAGAAACACCCAUUUAGCGCUGCGAGCAAGGAGGCGCUCCAGAUCAUGGUGUAUGCCCACGCCAUUGCCGGGUCCUCGAAAGCAUCUCGGUUCCUCUCCCCCGCCGACCCGAAAAAAGCCCCCAAGAUGGCCGCCUCCAUUAUGGAGACGAAGCUAAAGACGUACCUGCAAUUCAACGCCACAUACCCCGGAUUUGGAGGCUUUCUUCCGUGGAUGACGACGAGCUCCCAGGAGAUUGAACCAACGUGGGACUGGGUCAAUCGAGUGCCUGGUCUAGACAAUGGUGAAUUACUCUGGGCCGUGUAUGGCUGCAUCAGCGCUCUCGAAAAAAGCUGCAGGGCUUCCGAUCGUCAGCUGGCUGCUGCAUGGCAAACGUGGUUCGACUACGCCAAAACCACAGUCAACAAGGUCUUUUACCAGGGCGACGGCCAUGUCUGCGCCGUGACCAAGAUCGGUAACCAGACGCUGCCCGUCGACGACGCUCAACAGUCGUACACGUGUGAGAGCCCUGCGUACUUGGACGACCCAUACGAAGGGGAGCUCUUGACGUACUUUGUCGAAUUCUUCAGCGCAUUGUCCAAAGCAGAAAAGGAGAAGCUUUGGGUAGCCAAGCGUGCGAAAUUGGUCAGCGUUGAGUAUUCUAUGGGUGGUGUAGGGCCAAUCACUGUUGAGCAGGGGUAUUGGUUCUCGGCUCACGAGCCAUGGAAAGUUUUGGAGCUUCCGUACUACGACGUGGACAUUAUCCGGCGCUUACACCAUAACGCCGAGCGAGUCCGAACUUGUAAUUCCGUAGUCACCAAAGUCCCAGGUCUCUUCGCCUCGGUCAACAAUUCGACCGAUCCAAGCACCGACGAAAUCACUGGAUAUAUUUCGCCUGCUGGAAUUGUUUCCGUUGCCAGCCAGAAAGCGCAAGAGCACGACGUGAUUACACCCUACGGUGCGUGGCCCACCAUUAUGCUUGACAAGGCGGUCGGUCUUGCUUGGUGGUGGAACAUGCUCCAGGGGAAAAAGAUGCAAAACCCCUAUGGCAGCACAGAGUCAACCAGAGUGGAUGGCAAGCUUGUGUCGGCGCUAGUUACCUGGGACAGCAAAAUCACCACGGUUGUGAGUCUGCUAGGCGGAGUAGGGGACCUGGUCCGCAGAAAGAUGAAGAUGGAUGGAAUUUACGACGAUUUCAUCUCCAUUGCCACUCGCGAGUAUUCCCGGGUAUUCCACGACUUGAAGGGCGAGAACAUUCCGUUGUGUUUACCGAAACAGAGUGUUCCGACUGCUGGGUUGGAGGAUUUUUCUCUGUGUACAAACUGA